CGACUCCCCACCAUAAAAUGUCUCCCCUGACCGACGAGCAAUUAUCCGCAGCCGCCAACGCAUGUCUGGAGCUGCAGAGAACCGGCCAAGACAUCCACUCAAAACGGCCGUUCGCCGCGUUGCUUCUGGCACCGGAUCAUACCACCGUUCUGAUGUCCUCCUUGUCGCUGUCGCAUGUCAGACACGCUGAGGCCGAACUAGCCCGCAACGCGGCUGAUAACUACGCGUGGGACUAUCUAGCCAAAACGACUCUCAUCUCCACUUGGGAGCCUUGCGCAAUGUGCGCGGGUACGAUUUACUGGGCAAACAUUGGACGUUUGGUGUACCUGGCGUCGGAAAAGACUCUCCAAGGGCUCAUCGGUGAGGGGAACACUGAGAACCUCACACUAGAUUUGCCAUGUCGAACCGUCUUUGCAAGUGGCCAGACGAAAGUGGAAGUCAUUGGGCCCGUGAGUGGGUGGGAGGAGAAGGUGGUGCAGGAUAGCCAAAGGUAUUGGGGAAAGGAGAAGUAG